AUGGAGGCUCUGGAGCAGCUCUACAGGUUCCUGCAGGGUCCGGCUGCUGGGCUGUGGGCCCUGAGGCAGCACGCUCUGUCCCUCUGCCAGCUCCUCCAGUCCCAGCCGGCAGAGAGCAUGGAUGCGGAGAUAUGCGCCGUCCUGGCUGGCCAGCUGCAGGAGCUGCUUCUGGAUUAUGUGACUGAGUCAGAGCCCCACGACAGUUGGUGCGCUGACUCACAGCACUCCCUGAAGAGUCUGCGCAGCCAACUGCAGGCUGUGCGCAGCCAGCUGGCGCAUGGCCCCAGUCAUACCGCACUUGCACAGCUGAGAGAGUGGUGCUGGAGGAGCAGUGUUUUGGAGUGCCAGCUGGUGUCAGACUCCCUGCCCUGGGUACCGGUCCUCAAGGACAUCCUGCAGAAGGCUGAGCCAGGGGAUGGUGCAGUAGAGUACCUGGUGGACUGUGAAUUGGACCGUUGCUGGGAGAGAUGUCUAUGGACAGUGCUCUCUGUCUCCCCGCUGCCUUUUAACCCGUACAUUUCCCUAGUCCAGGAGUUCAGGCUCGCUGCGCUCAGGAAGUCACUAUGGGAACAGUCAGAUGCGGAGCUGCUGAAGCAGGUGCUGCCGCCCCAGACUCUGACCCGCGCUCCCGGGGGACUCCUGCACUGCGGGCCGGGGGGCGAAGGAUUCGGCCUGCAGACUGCUCUCGGGGCCUCGCAUCCUGACCGGGUCAAAGAGUGUCUGCGUCUAGCUCAGAGCCUGGAGUGUAAGCCCAAACAUGCUGGGAGAUUCAAGGUGGAGAGAAGCAUAGCAGUUGUGUCCCCCAGGGCAUGGCUUGGGACGCUCUCUCCCUUCCUUUGUGGAUUGCAAGUUGUUGAGUUCUGCUACAUAAGAGCGCCACCUGGCUGCCUUGAAGAAGUGCUGCAGGUGUACGCCAAAAUGGUCCUGUCUGAGCUGUCUGAGCUGGGUGGGAAGGAUGGCCUGACUCCAUACACAGUGCACCUGGGCCCUGGGCGGGCGUGGCGCAUGCAGCAGGUCGCAGCCUUCCCAACCCGCUUCCAGGAGUGUUUCAUAGACGCCUUGCGACAGAAGCACCCUGUGCACCUCCAGGUGUUCCGGGCCCCGCGUGGGAGUGCGCAGUGGCGCUUCCUACCCCUCCAGAAGCACUUUGUUCUCUACUGCCUGCAUGAGGAUGGAUCCACGUGGCUGUGUCUUCCCCAUCACAACCCUCUGUUCCUCUACCAGGCUGUCUUUACCUCUUUGGACCAAGCGGCCCUCCACCUCCGCACCGUCGGACAGGAUCCAUUCAGUAGUGGCAGUCUUCAGCAGGUGAUGUCAGAGGUGGAUUCCCAAAUCACCGACGCUUUCCUGAGAGGCGAGAUACUGCAGGGCUACCGGCUGGUGGCUCUGAGGUGUCUGGUGACAGGAGAGGAAGCCUGUCUGCCGGACUGCUGGAGAAUGUGUCACAGUGUCUGCGCUCAGCUGGAGUUCCUCUCUGCCGUUGCCGAGGGCCUGCAGGGCCUCCUGGAGCUGGGUGAGCAAGGGGAGCAGUCGGCACCAGGACAGACAGCGUUACCAUACCAGGCAGCCAUUGAGGAGAUGUCUGAAGGCCUCUCCUGGCUCUUAAAGCAAACACUGCAGCACCCUGAGGCUCUGGCGCCCCCUGGAGUGUGGGAGACAGUACUGAACUGGCAGGAAAGUGUGGCGAGGGGUAGCAGGGCAGUGUGGGUGAGGGGUGUGGUGGGGGUCUGCCGGGCUGUUUCGGAGGGCCUGUUCCGCGACCUUCACCCUCUCUGUCACCAGGUGCAGGCCCUGCUAGACAGACUGGUUUCAGCCUCUGUGUCAGACCCUGCCCCUCCUGUUUCACCGGCACCCUCACUGUCCCAGGAGGCGCAGGAAGGGGGUACGGUACACCUGCUGUGUCAGGCCCCUAGGGGCCACACCGGGGUCCUAUUCCGUCUCUUCAGAGUUCAAGAGCUGGUGGACAGCAUAAACUUCGAAAACGAACAGCAAGGAGCCCGAUUUAGUCUGAGAGGUGAUGCUGUGGCCAAACAGGCGUUGUACUGCUGCCUGUAUAAGACUCGUGACGGAAUCUACAGCAACGUCAGCCCUUAUCUGACAGUGGGCCCAGUUGUUCCAGUCUCACCUCCCCCACAACCCUUCUUAUCAGUGGAGCCCCCUGGUGGCAGGGUCAGCCGGGGCCAGAGUCUGUCCUUCCACUGCUCAGCCCCACCCUUCCAACGCCCCACUCCCCAAGCCUUCCUCCUGCUGAGGCGGGGUGCAGUGACCGAGGCGUCUAUGGUGUCCCCGGUCUCGCUGGUGUCGCGUUAUUCCGCCGCCCCUGGCUCGGAGGUGUCCUUUGACGUCGGCCCAGUGAGGGGAGAGGAAGGGGGCUUUUACACCUGCCUGUACCAGGUCGCCCUGCCAGAACAUGGUCAGAUAAACUCCUCUGCCAGCGAACCCGUCCGUGUCACUGUCUCAGAGCUGCUGCCUGCACCCACGCUCUCCCUGGGUCAGGACCCAAAAGACCAGUUCAGAAAAGUUCUGGAGUGCAGGGGGUCGCCGUCUUACCCCGGGGUCCAGUUCUCAUUGUUCCACGUGGGCUCCUCGCUCCCUGUAAGCGUCCGCCGUGCCCCCUCGACCCGCCACGCCGUGCUCUUCCCCCUGCCCGUCCACCAGCGGGACCCGGACCAGUACCAGUGCCAGUACAGCGUGCUGCUGGGUGACGGCUGGAGGGAGUCAGAGCGCAGCCGUCCCCUCGCCGUACCCACCCCCACGGACACGGAUGUCGUCACGUCUCCACCUACUCCUCCAUCAGAUGACUGGUAA